AUGAGCUCGAAAACGUCUACGAAACCGUUAUCCAUAAAGACAACAGACAAUACUCAAACUGGCUACGAUUUUGCAUUGAGUCCAACCGAACCGGGUAAAUUCGAUUUCUAUCGUGUUCAUGUUAGCAAUCAAAUCAACCAAGAUAAUUCAAUGUUUGCCGAUCAAUAUGAGGUUCCUCAUACAACAGACGAAAUACCGAAACGUUGGUUGCCCUUCGCACAAAUGAAGCGUUUAGCUGAUCAACCGAAAACUGCAUCAUCGUCUGCUCUUAAUUCAGAAACUUCAACUGACUCCGGCAAAGCAUCUAUAAUAAACAAACCAAUUCAAACAGUUGCCUCAUUUUCGUCACUGUCCGACGCGGUAAAGAAUGCCAUGAACAAAGGACAUUUGAGUACAACGAAUCAAUUACGUCGGCCAGGAAGUGGAGCAACGUUAUCGUCGAAAGAAUUGAAUCAUUUAUCACCCCAAUCAAUGUAA